AUGUCUUCUACAGCCAACCUGAAGAACUUGCGAGUUCUUCUCACCGCAUGCCUCGUGCUUGUGGUGUUCAACAUCAUUUAUUUCUUCCAUGUUGAGGGAAGCGUUUCGGAAUCAGUCGUGGAAAGCACCUUCAAGGACCACGCUGUCGCUCACGCAAUGGCCAAUCAAGAUAAUCAGAAACCCGAGCCUACCAAUGAGCAGCCUAGAACUAUUCUCAGGAAGUACUUCGACGACAGGGACCACGGCUUGGUGGUUAUUUCUUCUGUUCACGGUGAAGUGGAAGACGACGAUUUCGAGACAAGGGAGUUGGAGCAGAUGAUUGUCAAACACAAAUAUGCCGAAGACGAAAAGUUUGAAAUAAUCACCAUCAAUGCAUACGACUACUCGUCGCUCUCCCAGGUGACUCCUGACACUCUGUUGGAUGGAGCCCGAAAAUUGGCUAAGUUCAAGGAGGAGUUCAUGACUUUCAUGUCGAACUUGAUGAAGACAAUCACAGCAGCUGAACCCGCAUGCUCCAAAAUCAACAACGACGCCCAUUACCUGGCUGCCAAGAAGGAAAAGAAGUUCCCUAAUAGGGAAGGCAGAAUCCCUGUUUAUGGUGGUCACUGGAGAGAGUCAUAUAAGAAGGAGCCUGUCAGAAACGAAGAGUACUUACUGUAUUUUUUCCGUCCAACCGAGACUGAAAUCCAGGCGCUUACCGAUUCUCACCUGAAAUUCGUCGCCGAGAUGCCUGAGAGUUUCCCAGCCGAAUUGAAAGAGAUGGGCCAGGACGAGUCAUUCAUGCGUGGUGACGGUAUCGUGUAUUUGGGUGGUGGCAGAUACAACCAGCUCGUGUUAAUUUCCAUCUCCAUGUUGCGUGCAUUAGGCUCCAAGUUGCCCGUGGAGGUUAUCAUUCCGAAACGUUCUGACCACGACAUCGAUCUCUGCUCUACAAUCUUGCCAGCCUACAAUGGUAAGUGUAAGAUCAUGGAGGAUUACCUUCCAGAGCUGCUUACUAAGAAUUUGGGAGGAUUUCAGUUGAAAAACGCCGCUCUCUUGGUCUCUUCCUUCAAGAAUAUUCUUUACUUGGAUGCCGAUAACAUUCCCACCGCAAAUCCCGACUAUCUCUUUGUCAACGAGCCCUUCCUUUCUAAGAGAAUGAUCAUGUGGCCAGAUUUGUGGCGGAGAUCUACUUCCCCAUCAUUCUAUCGCGUGGCAGGAAUUACCUACAAUGCUCAACAUCGGGUUCGUAACAGCUUCUUCAAGACAGACCCAAAACUAACUAGUCCAGACGGCCCCUCCUUCCAUGACUGUCUUGGAACUGUUGCAGAUGCGUCCAGUGAAACAGGACAGAUGAUGAUUGAUAAGGAAGCGCAUUUUUCAUCUCUUAUCUUGUCCAUGUACUACAAUUACUACGGCCCAGACUAUUACUACCCAUUAUUAAGCCAGGGUGCCGCAGGUGAGGGUGACAAAGAGACUUUCAUUAUGGCGGCCCAUAAACUCGGCCAUUCAUACUACCAAGUCAAUGAAUUUAACCGUGAGUUCGGGCCUGUGAAUUCCAAAAAGAAGCACGAGUUUUUCGGAAUGGGACAAUAUAAUGCGAUCAUCGAUUACAUUGAGUCUGAACGUAAACAGGAUAACGCACCAGAACACUACCCUGAGGAUGAAAAUGAUGUCGACACAAACAACUACGAAUUCCACUACCAUCCAUCUUAUGCACUAAUGUUUUUGCAUGCCAACUGGCCCAAAUACUACAUCUCUGAAAUGUUCUUACACAAUGGUCUUGGCCGUGGACAUAAAGAUGAUGAAGGAAAAAGAAGAAGAUUGUAUACCGACUACUUGAAAUCUCAGACUGAUCUGAUUGAUAUCGAGGUGGAAAUCAUGAGACAUAUUAAAUAUUGGUUCUGUAACAGAAAAGUGCAGUUGCAGGAUGUUCCAGGGCCGGAUACAGAAGACAGAGAGAAAAUCUGCAAAAAUGUACUUGAACAGAUUCAAUACUUACAAGGAUAG